AUGGGUUCCUUAGCAUACGAUUACGUGCAUGGCUUGGUCUACAUGGAAUAUUCUACACAGCUCACGAUCUGGAACCCUACCAUGAACCGCUUCUUCACAUUACCUAAACCUGAAGGCAUCGAAGGGAUUUACGGAACAGGAUACUUGGGAUAUGAUCCUCUUGCCUGUAAGUACAAAAUACUGUGCAUUAUUACAGGAGAAAAGUUUGGAGUUCUUACAUUGGGAGCUCAAGAAUCAUGGAGAAUAUUAUCCGAGGGUGCCCCUAAGCAUUGGUAUGGCUCAAGUUGUGUGCUAUGCAUUAAUGGAGUGAUAUACUAUGAAGGCUCUUUUGGGGUGGAGCCUCAGACGCGUGCCAUAAUGAGCUUUGAUCUUAGGUCCGAAAAGUUCCAUUUGAUUAAAUAUCCCAACGACGAUUUUCGCGGUUCAUAA